AUGGGCGUCGAGAUCGAAACCAUCAAGCCAGGAGACGGCAUCAACUUCCCCAAGCCCGGUGACACUGUCACCAUGCACUACGAUGGCACCCUUGACAACGGCUCUCCCUUUGACUCGUCGCGCCAGCGCGGCAAGCCUUUUGUCUGCAAAAUUGGAGUUGGACAGCUUAUCCGCGGCUGGGAUGAGGGUGUCCCCCAGAUGAGCCUUGGCCAGCGGGCCAAGCUGACCAUCACCUCCGACUACGGCUACGGUGACCGCGGCAUUGGCGGCGUUAUCCCCCCCAAGGCCACUCUGGUCUUUGAUGUUGAGCUCCUCAAGAUCAACUAA